UUUUAAUGCAAGAAAAAAUAAUAUUUUAUUGAUAAAAUUAAUAACAAAUAGGCAAAUAUCUUAAUCAUUUUAAAGCCAUUUUAUUUAAAAAAGACAACCAAGAUUGUAUUCUUGCUUGAUUUUCCAUAUCGAAUUAUUAUUUAUAGAUAAUUUUUAUAAAUAUGUCAAAAGAUUUUUUCAUCGUUAAUUAUUGAUUCAGAUCUUUAAAAAGUAUGGCUGAUCUUAAAGCAAAAAAUAAAGAAUUUUUUAAUAUUGAUCCAGAUGAAAUAUUGAACAAAGACGUUAAAACAAAUGAAUCAAUAGAGAAUCUUAGCAAAAGAACAAUUAAGAGAAGAUUAAAGAAAAAAAAAUGGGAAGAAACAAAAGCAGAACGACGUAAAUAUAAAAAAGAAAGAGACAAAAUUAAAAAAUUAGAAAAACAUAAAAAACAUGUGGAAGCAGGCAUGCAUUCUAUUAAAUUAAAAAAAAAUCAAAUACCAAGUGAAAUAAAAGUUAUUAUUGAUUGUGGAUUUGAUGAUAAAAUGAUUGAUAAGGAAAUUGUGUCAUUAAGCUCUCAAUUAACACGCUGUUAUUCGGACAAUAGAAAAUGUGCAUAUCCAGUCGAACUUUAUGUAACAUCUUUUGGAGGACGACUAGCAGAACGUAUGAAAACAGUUUUAAAAAGUCAAUAUAUGUCUUGGAGAGGAAUACAAUUUUUUGAUGAAAGUUAUGAUGCGUUAUGUGAAAAAGAAGGUUUUAGUAAGGAAGAUUUUAUUUAUUUAACAGCAGACUCAGAAAACACUGUUCAUGAAUUAAAUAAAAACAAAAUAUACAUUAUUGGUGGGCUUGUUGAUAAAAAUCGGUAUAAAAAUUUAUGCCUGGAUAAAGCUAAAAGUCAAGGUAUCUAUACAGCACAGCUUCCAAUUGAAAAUCAUAUAAAAAUGGCAUCAAGAAAAGUGCUUACAGUUAACCAGGUUCUAGAAAUAAUGCAUCAGUGGAUAGAGAUCAAAGAUUGGGAAAAAGCUUUUCUAAACGUGAUUCCUAUGAGAAAACUUCCUCAAAGCAAAAUAAAUAAUACUGAUCAGCAACUUAAAGAUUUAGAAACUAGUUCAUUAAUACUUGAAGAUAUAGGAGAUUUAUCACAAGAAGCCAUUAGCGAAAUUAAUGGAUGAUUUUAUUAAAUUUUUUUUGUAUUAUAUAAAUAUACUGUUUGGGUAUUUGAAAGAAACAACUAUAUACUUCUUAUAAGGAUACAUCAAAAAUCAAGCAUAACAGAUCCUUCGCUUUUAUCUAAUUCCUUUUUAUUAAUUGCUUCAUCUUUCAUGAUAAGAGAAGUAAAUUUUUUAAAAUAUUCUAUAUAAGGCUUUAAAGAAGUCUUUUCAUAGUCUUAAAAAUUAGAGAGACUUUCUUUAUGUUCUUUGUCCCAUGCGUCAAUUUCAUUCAAUAACUGAGUAACAGUAGGCACUUCAAAAGGAUUAAACUUUUCAAAACAGCUGGAAUCAAUAGGCACGCAUAUCCUCCCUAAAACUAUGUCAAAAAAAAAUAGCAUUAAACUUUUUUUCCAACCUGUUCCAGGAUGUAUACAAAAUGGUGAUUUCAAAAGAUGAUUUAAGUGUUUAGAAACCUCAGUAUCAAGCCUUGGAUACAUAUAUUCUAAAAUUAUAUCCUGCUUUGCUGUUAAUAAUGCUUUUGUAUCAAGAUUCUAAUUUAUUAAUUUAAACAUCAAAUAAAAAAUAUAAAUUUACCUUUGAAACACCGCUUUCAGCUACUACAUCAAUAUCAUGCCAUUUAUUAUAACUAGAUCUCAUUGGUUGGGACUUCCAUUUCUCACGAAGCGUUUCUUUAAGGUCUUUGACAUAAGUAAUAUUCACUAAUAAUUACAGAAUAUACCAUGAUCAGUGAUAAAUUCAAGCAAUUUUUCCGAUCCCUCAUCGCUUUCCCAAGGAUUUUGAGAAAUAAGAAUAUUCGAGCGGAAACUUUCUUUCAAAAUAUGGAGACUUCUACUAAAAACAAUAAUUAAUCAUAAAAUCCAUAUUAAAAAAUCAUAGAAACCUUAUAGAAGGAUGAAGAGGCCUCUUAAAUUCCACUUUUUUUCCAUAUCCUAUACCUCCCCUUGAAACUUCAAGAUAUGCUGCAAUUGCUUUACGUUUUUGAUCAUUCAGUUCACGUGCCUUUUUGUCACAAACCCAUGCAUGUACACCUCGUCUUCCUGAAUAAACCCACAAAAUAUAUUCAAAUCCAAAAUCAUCCCUUAAUGUAGAGUCAAUAACCUUUAUUGAAGCCGUAAUAAACCCCCAACAUUUUAAACAAAUAUCUGUUUUUGAACAACAUGUUCGCACAUCAUCAUAGUCGGUCAAAUCAAUAUCAAAAACAAGCUCUUUUUCAAGAGGUUUAAACAUAAACUUCCUUAAAGUCUUACGAUCUCUAGGAUUUGCGUUGUAAAUAGGUCCUAUCUCGAAUCUAGACGGAUUUAAUCUUAAAACUUCUUUACGAAACGCUUCAUAUGUAGGAAACGAAUUGUAGCGCAAAUAUGCAUCAUUUUGUAAAGUAAAAGCAAUCUCCCUAUUUAAAAAUGAUUUAGAAGGGACAGGAGAUCUAUUUAGCCACUGAAAAACAUAUCUUUGUCUUGUUAUUUAUCAUCAAAAAAAACCAACAAAAAGUCACUUGAACGGAAAAAUCCUCUGGUAAAAAGCAAAAAAAACACCCGGAUCAGAAAACUCAUUUGUAUCCUCAGGUAUUUCGUCGUAUUUCAUUGAAAUAUAGCCUUAUUUCUC